GGGGCCGGACUUUUCUUCUUCUUUUCUUUCUUUUUUUCUCUGCAACUUCCCAGCGCUGAGUCUCAUUUCUUCUUCUUCCUCCUCCUCCUCCUCCUCUGUACUGUCUACUGACAACACCAGCGGAUCUCAGCAUCACCUCCCGCCAGGUUCUCGCUCUCCCGGAUGCACAAGGACUUCUUUCUUUCUUUCCUUCUUUCUUUUUAACUGUCGACCUGGAUUAUUUCCACGCGUUUUUCUUUUUCUUCAUGGAGGUGUCACCGGGUGUUAAUCUUUACAAGAUGGAAUCAGCACCUCUGGGGACCUCAUAAAGACAGACAGACGGGACAACAGAUUUCAAACAGUGGCAGAAGCGCCUGUCUGGGAUUCGCACGCGGAAGGAACAGGAAACACACUCUUGCAGAGAGCAAAGACUCCUCUGUGGCAGUGCAGGUGUCGUACGCAGCCUAGUUUCCCAUGGACCUCAGGGUGGGAGAGCGGGGGAUGCGCCCUGGUUCAGACACAGCGCUUCUCACCCCGCUACACCCGCCUUUACUCCUCACCCCGUUCUCCCCUCAGCCCCGCACCUCCUUCUCCCAACAGCAACUGCACCAGCAUAUCCGGUUUAAUAUGGAGCAGAGGAGGCGAGAGCAGGAGCACCACGAGAAACAACAGGAGUUGCAGCAACUAAAGCACAAAGACAAGAGUCAACAGAGUGCGGUGGCCAGUUCCGUGGUGAAACAGAAACUCCAGGAGGUCAUUCUCAAGAAGCAGAAACAGGCAGCGCUGGAAAGAACUAACUCCAACACUCUGACUGCAUCUCCUGUAGCAUACAGAAAGCUGGGCCCGGACCCCGGAGCGUCCUCCCAGACUCUGGUCUCGUCUCCGCCACAGCCCUCUCCUGACCGCUCAGAACGGACGCCGCUGCGCAGAGCAGCGUCUGAGCCCAAUCUGAAGGUGAAACACAAGCUGAAGAAACACCUCAACACCCGCAAGAGCCCGCUCACCCGCAAAGAGAGCGCCCCGGCCACUGUCAAGCACCGAGUACCUGACACACUGGACUCCUCCCCCAGCAGCAGCAGCACUCCAGUCUCUGGCUGCAGUUCUCCCAAUGACAGUCUUCCCAAUGAGAAUGGGCUACUGCCAUCUGCAGGCGGACUCUCGCAUGAGGCUCAGAGGCUGCUGCUAAGAGAUGGCACCAUAGCUAACUUCACCAUCCAAAGUCCCUCCACUCUGCCCACCAUCACACUGGGACUACCAGCCAACGCCAGGGCCGAAGGAGAGCGGUCCUCUCUGAGAGUCGGCCGGGUGCCAGUGGUUACAGCAGGGGGCUCGCCGGUCUUCCUCCCCCCGAGCAGAGAGGACCAGGCUGGGCAGCGGAACCCUCAUCUGCCUCUCAUCAUCCUGGAACCCUCUGGACUGGUACACACUCCGCUACUCACUGUUCAAGGCAUGGACACCGUCCAGCUGCAGUUUGCCCCCCAGUUAGACCACCUCACCCCAGGAGGAGCUCAUCCUCACAAGCCACUGAGCAGAACACGCUCGGAGCCACUCCCCCAGAGCCCGCGGACCCUUCACACACACCUCCUCCAGCAGCAGCACAACACGCAACUACUAGAGAGGCUCAAACAGCAAACUCACCUGGGCAAGCUGAUGUCUAAGUCCAGCGAGAAGCCCAGGCUGCACCAGAUCCCCUCUGAGGACAUGGACUCUGAGGAAGGUGGCGGGAGGCCGCCCACAGAGCCAACCUACCAAAGCAUAGUGAGGGCGGAGUCACUGAGGGGGGCGGAGCCGACAGCAUCCAAGAGCCAAGAAGAGCAACUUAACCUGCAACAUGCACUCAUACUCAACCAGUCGUUGCUAUGGGAGCAGCAGAAGCAGCUGCAGCAGCUGCAUCGACAGAUGGAGACCCUGGCGGUACCCAUGCUGCGGGGCGGCGGUGGCGGGGUUGGCAGUGGGCUGGGAGUCCAUCGGCCCCUGUCACGUACACAGUCCUCCCCAGCCUCCACCUCUCUCACUCUGCCUGAGAAACCCCUGAGCCUGGACGGCAGCAGCAAACCCCGCUUCACCACUGGCCUGGUGUAUGACUCUCAGAUGCUGAGGCACCAGUGUACGUGUGGAGACAACAGCAGUCACCCAGAGCAUGCUGGGAGGAUACAGAGCAUCUGGUCCAGACUACAGGAGAGAGGCCUGAGGGGACAGUGUGAGACGAUUCGCGGUCGCAAAGCCACGAUGGAGGAGCUGCAGUCGGUCCACACCGAGCGCCACGUGUUGCUCUACGGCACCAACCCGCUCAACAGACUCAAACUGGAUAACCGCAAGCUGGCCGGAAUCCUCUCUCAAAGGAUGUUUGUGAUGUUACCAUGUGGGGGAGUAGGGGUGGACAACGACACCAUCUGGAACGAGUCGCACACGUCAACGGCAUCGCGCAUGGCAGCGGGCAGCGUUGUGGAGCUGGCCUGCCGAGUGGCCAAAGGAGAGCUGAAGAACGGCUUUGCUGUGGUCAGGCCGCCGGGGCAUCACGCAGACCCUUCUAAUCCAAUGGGUUUCUGUUACUUCAAUUCUGUGGCCAUAGCCGCCAGGAAGCUCCAACACAGGCUCAGCGUCAGCAAGAUCCUGAUUGUCGACUGGGAUAUUCACCAUGGCAACGGCACCCAGGAAGUGUUCUACAGCGACCCCAGCGUGCUCUACAUCUCACUUCAUCGCUACGACGAUGGGAACUUCUUCCCGGGCAGCGGGUCGCCGGCUGAGGUUGGUUCUGGAGCGGGCGAGGGCUUCAACGUGAACGUGGCGUGGACAGGAGGACUGGACCCACCCAUGGGGGACGCCGAGUACCUCGCUGCAUUCAGGUCUGUGGUGAUGCCCAUCGCCCAGGAGUUCUCUCCGGACUUCGUCCUGGUGUCGGCCGGGUUCGACGCUGCCGAGGGCAACCCCGCUCCUCUGGGAGGGUACAAGGUCUCCGCCAAAUGUUUCAGCCACCUGACCCGCCAGCUGAGGUCUCUAGCAGGGGGUCGUGUGGUCUUGUCCCUCGAGGGGGGUCACGACCUUACAGCUAUAUGCGACGCAUCUGAAGCUUGUGUCAGUGCACUCCUGGACAUACAGGACCCUCUGCCAGAAGAAGUCCUACUCCAGAAGCCCAGCGCUAAUGCAGUCCACUCCCUGCAGGCCGUCAUACAGAUACAAAGUCAGUACUGGCAGAGUGUGAAGGCUCACAGCGGAUCCGUGGGUGUGUCCUAUCUGGCGGCGCAGAGAAGAGACUGUGAGGAAGCCGACGCCGUCAACGCUCUGGCCUUGCUCUCCGUGGGAGUCCUUUCCAACGAGAGCCUCCCCGACGAGCCGAUGGAGGACGACAGCAACUCCAUGUAACCGAAUCCGACCAAAUCGAACCUUCAGGAUUCGGACCCACGAAACACCUGGAGCCUCGGAUCUGCUGCAUUGUCACACGAUGGGGGGAGGGGGGCGUGUUUGUAAUUCCACUGAGCCCCACCCAUCUGCCUUAUCCAAACUCGCGCACAUCCACCGACAACACACAAUACUGAGCCUCUGACCUGCAGUACGAGCACCGCUCAGCUGGGAAAACCUUCUGAAAUCUCACCAAAGAGACUUUUAAUACCUUCCGUGUCUCCUGACUGACAUUGGGAUUGGUGUGUGUGUCCAGAGGUCCAGCGGCACAGCUCUGUGACCACAAACCGUAGAGCAACAGACAAAAUGCCGUCCAGCUCUGAUUUCUCUUGACACACUAUGUACCAGCAGACAUUUUUUAUUGCCUUAACUUUGCCUUAACGUGAGGACCAACGGGGUUUUCAGAACGACGAGACUUCACGUCAUAAAUCCCUCUGGCUUUAUGAAUGAAGCUAUGACAUCAGACGCAUACGCAGAGAGGAAGAGGAAGUGGCCACGGCGUGCAGAAAGAAUACAGUAAAUAAGAAACAGAGAUUGUCUGCUUUAAUGAUGUCAUUACAUGCAGUUUAACCACUAAAAGAAGACAACAAAGAACUGGAGGAAAAGAGAGAGGGGGGAGAAAAAAAACGAAGACACAACAAGGACAACUGUGGUUUUGUCGAAACAAAGAAAAAGGCAAAAGUCCUUGUUGUUUUAUUGCACUGCUCAUUCCAUAAUGUGAACCAUAAGAAAUUCCAAAGCUCUGGGAUAUAAAGAAAAAGAAAAACAACAACUCCUCUCUGUAGGUUAUUUAAUAGUUUGUUUGUUUUCUUUUUGAAGAUUUGGAUGAAAAUUGUGUCUGCUAUAAUUGUCCCUGCUAUGACUCGCUCUAAGGACGCGUAUUGGCCGAAAUACCAGUUGCAUUUCCUAUGAAGUUAAUCCAAAAAGUAGGCAAGAUUUUUAUGAGCAGGAAGAUUCUUUCACUGCUGUUCAGUGUCUUAGAUGCAGAAACACACACACACACACACACACACACACACACACACACACGUACAAAGCAAUGAUGAACUGUCGAUGUACCACUAGUAUUAAAUACUGUAUAUGAUUGUUUAUAUUUGAGACUAAAGGAGCGUUCAUUCCACUGUGGCACCACAGAGGACCAUUGUAUUGUUCUAGUAGCAAUAAUGUUAAUGCACUUAAUGGACAUCACCCAAAGAAAAACUGCCUUAAGACAGCCUGCACUUGGCUCUGGGACUGUGUGGAAGCAACACAAGGGGCUACUAAGCAGAGCAAUCCCAGUGACUCAACGUUUCCACCUGUGGAUUUAGGUGAACAUCAUGUAUGCAGACUUGUUGUUCUUCUGUUUGUUUAUUUUCGAUGAUGAGCUUGGUUUGAAUGUUUUCCAGUUCCAGGCUUUAUCGCGGUCCAAUUGAGGAAACUAAUGCAUUGUGUUUUGCUUUUGAGGUGAACUCGAGUCGUUUAGUUUGUUGUGCAGCUGCUUAACAGCAGCUCUUCUUGUCGACGUGGAGGUGACGUUGAACAAUGUCCUCCCCGCCCCGCUGUCGGGGCGCGGCGAGGGCUCUGCAUUCCAAAAGUGAACAGAAAACAGUAUAGUUUGGAGGUUUCUGUUGAAAUCCAUUUUGUAAGUCUUAAUAAGUCAAUUUGACAAAGUUGUUAUCGAGAGUUUUUGUUAUAAGCUUCUAAAACUGCAUCCGGGCACUAAAACAUUGAUGUCUGACCACUCGCACGGAUUUGUCCACAACGUGUUGCCUUGGAGCUUCCGAUUGACUUUUUACAUCCAUGAGGGAAUUUGAAGCGGCACAAUCGGAUUUCUAACUCUUGUCUGGAAAGAUUGGAUUAGAGAAGAAAGAAUAGAUUUUAAAAAAGACCCUUGAUUUUCUGUGUAUAUGUAGCUUUUUGUUAAAAAAUAAAUAAAUAGCACAGUCUCCAGAGCGAGUUAAUGGGACUGGUGGGGAGCGUGACCAUUUAGGCAUCUGGGUAGGAAACUGUAUGUGUGCUCCUUUUCUUUAGUCUGACCCUGGGCAUUGUCUGCCCAACAGAAGAAGGCCUUGUAUAUUAACACAACGACAAUAGAGCGAUAAUUCAGAUUUUGCCUUUGCAGAAGUCCCACUGCUGUUGCACUACUGCCUCAUUCCAGUAGGAAUUAUUAGGAAAACGUUGGAUUAGCGUUCUGUAAUGGGUGUAACUGAAAAGCGCGUCGUUCUUUCGGUGUUGUAAAUAGUGUUCCCAAGCAGCAAGUGACGGCAUGGAAACAAUAUGCUGUGUCUCUCUUAUCCGGCAGGUGCACAAGGCGCCCACGGUGUCAUGGUGUGCGUGUGUGUGUGUGUGAGUGUGAGAGGGAGAGAGCAUUGGCGACUGCAUUUGCACUAAUGCAUAUGUUAAAUGUGUUUUGUGCAUGCAUUUGCCAAUGUUAGCGUAUGUGUGUGUGUGUGUGUGUGUGUGUGUGUGUGUGUGUGUGUGUGUGUGUGUGUGUUUGCCCGUCUCAUACUGUAAAUGACCUCCUGUAUUAUAUUCCCAGUGGCUGUUCUUUCAUCUUAUGGAGAGGCCAGUAUUGCCUCAACUCUUAAUUCCCUUUAUUAUUGAUGUCAUAUGUACCUUCUUAAAGAAAGACUGUAAAUAGAAACUCCAUGACCAAAGUACACAUGUCACACAUGUGCCUUGAUGCAUUCAGCAGUCGUGUCUGUCUGUAUUGGUAACUCUUAACUAACUGGACUUACAGUAACUGUGUAGUAUCUAUAAACGUGACAUUGACAUGCUCUUCUUUAUCAUUUACCUGUAUGUUUUACUUUCCUUCACAUUUCCUUUCACGUGUAUGUAUAGAAAGAUUGUCUAUUUUGUACUGUUAUUUUUGUCUUUUCCUCUUGAAUAAAACGAUAAUUUCCAGUAUAAA